AUGGAUUUGACGGAAGACCAACCCAUGGACAUGGACACAGCCAUGGACACCUCAGUUCCACCACGGCAAUACCUACCCCAGCAGCACGACGACGAAGCACCCCUAAUGCGAUUUGACGAGAGCAAUACAGCCGAAAUGAGAACUUUAGUGGCCUCUGCUGCACACGCCCGCGAAACGUUUCGCGAGAUACCGGUGAAGGUGCACGUCCGACGGCCAGAAAGAGAUGCGUGGGCAUACCUGGGCCGGGGUGUUGUUACGCAGGAAGUUUGGGGCCAAUCCUCACGCGUCGUUGUCAGGUCAGCUACGAGUCGUAAGGUAAUGACAGCGUUCGGCGAGGACGUCUCGUUGCAGGCCGAGAAGCGCGGCAACUUUGUCGUCAUAGGAUGCGUCGAAGGUAGUCGUGUAGUCUCAUGGUCCCUCAACGCACUCAACAACUCCGAGACUGUUCGUCUGCUGGCCAGCAUAGACUUGGCGUGCUAUUCGUGCAAGCAGGCUGUGGCGGACCCGGCUAUGCACAAGUCGCAUCGCCGCCGUGUCGCACGUAUAAUCAAAGAUGACCGCAGACGCCGUCACAAGCGCCGUAAGGACCAGGAUUCCAUGUUUGCAGCAUUCGCGCGUACCGGGCUCAACGCAGGCCCGCCCGACGAGCUCCGUCCCACCCCACCUCCGGUGCAACUGUAA